GCGAGCGAGGGGGCUGGGGAGAGAGCGCGAGCGUCACUUCGCGAACUCGGCAACACACGAUCUCUCGUGCUAAGCGGGCGACCUGCUUUUCUCCACAAGAAGUGAGCAUUUAGCGAAGUGAAGAGGACACGUGCACUGGGACAAAAAGGAGUGCGAUUGUGGGCCAUAGGCGGAGGAGAGCGACACAGAUCCAAGCGUGCGUGCAGUGUGGGUUUGUCCCUCGACGAAUGGAAAUAAUUAGCGUGGAGCACUCGCGAAACUCUGGAACUCAACAAGUGGCUUGAAGUGAAGCAGCGCGAUUUAUGAGACGUAGUGGUCUAAAUAAUUUAACAGUCGUUCUGCGCGACCAUCUUCACUUGAGCCUAGCAGUUUUUAUUUUGCCUAUCCGGAUAUAUAGUGGGAACAAUGUCGGGAGAAGAACACAGUUUAUCAGAAGUGGAAAUGAGUCCCGGAGCCUCUGAUGAUGCCCUCUCUCUGUCGCCUGGUCACUCUGGGGCAGUUGGCGAAGGGGACUCACCUCUAGCUGGGACGCAGCAGCAGAUAGCAGUAAUUGGUGGCGAGGCCGGUGAAGUGGAUGGGGGAAUAGCGGCUAAAUCCGAAGAUGACGACGAUCGUUUUCCGAUCGGCAUCCGCGAAGCCGUCAGUCAGGUGCUGAACGGUUAUGACUGGACCCUUGUGCCUAUGCCAGUGCGCGUCAACCCUGGAAGUAAGAACAAGCCUCACGUAAAGAGGCCUAUGAACGCCUUCAUGGUUUGGGCGCAGGCUGCGCGCCGGAAGCUGGCCGACCAAUAUCCUCACCUACACAACGCCGAGCUCAGCAAAACCCUGGGUAAACUGUGGAGACUCCUGAACGAGAGUGACAAGAGGCCCUUCAUCGAAGAGGCGGAGAGGUUGCGCAAGCAGCACAAGAAGGACUACCCCGAGUACAAGUACCAGCCUCGGCGCCGCAAGAAUGGGAAGCCAGGGUCCAGCUCAGAGGCUGACGCCCACUCUGAAGGUGAGGUCAGCCACAGCCAAUCACACUACAAGAGCCUUCACCUGGAGCACGCCCACUCUGGGGAUGUGAGGUCUCCAUUGGCCGAUGGGCAUCAUUCCCAUUUAGCAGGUCAGAGCCACAGCCCUCCUACGCCCCCCACCACCCCUAAGACAGAGCUCCAGGCUGGAAAGUCAGCAGAUGGGAAGAGAGAGGGCAGCGGAGCAGGCGGGUCCCGGGGAGGGCUGGGCCCCGCAGGGGAGGGGGGGUCCGGGCCCUCCGCAGGUGGAGGAAAGCCCCACAUCGAUUUCGGCAACAUGGACAUCGGGGAGAUCAGCCACGAGGUGAUGGCCAACAUGGAGCCCUUUGACGUGAAUGAGUUUGACCAAUACCUGCCUCCCAACGGGCACCCGGGCGUGGCACAGGGCGGGGCAGGCGGAGCAGGGGCGGGGUCCUCAGCUUCCCCCUACGCUUACGCCCUCGCGGCAGCCAGCGGACACUCGGCGGCCUGGCUCUCCAAGCAGCAGCAGCAGCAGCAGCAGCAGCAAGCGCAGCAGCACCACUCCUCCCUCAGCUCCGACUCCUCCAAGGCUCAGAUUAAGAGUGAGUCUGCGUCAGGGGGCCACUUCGCAGAGGCGGCCUCCGGUAGCUCCCACGUCACCUACACCCCUCUCAGCCUCCCCCACUACGGCUCGGCCUUCCCCACGCUGGCCUCCAGAGCUCAGUUUGAGUACGCAGACCACCAGCCCUCCGGCUCCUACUACACCCACUCCAGCUCGCCCUCCGGCCUGUAUUCCGCCUUCUCCUACAUGGGCCCCUCCCAGCGGCCCCUGUACACGGCCAUCACCGACCCCAGCAGCGUGCCUCAGUCACACAGCCCCCAGCACUGGGAGCAGCCCGUCUAUACCACCCUCUCCCGGCCCUGAGCAGGAGGAAGAGGAACAGUAGGAAGAGCCACGGCAAAGGCGUGGUUUCGGUUCAGAGACAUGAAGGGGAUGCUGUAGGCAUGGGAGACUGGAGGGGCGUUUCAAGAGCUGUUUUAAACUCAAAGAGGUCGUGAGGGUUCAUUGAAAAGGAAUAGAAAUCACUGAUUUUGAUUCAGGUUUGUUGCAGAUGGGAGG